AAAUAAAACAGAAGAAACCAAAGUGUUCUGUCUUCAUUCAUUUUUCUCUCUCUACCUCCUUUUGCAGACACAUUAUCACUAUAUAAGAACAUGAUUAGAUGACAAGUUUAUCUUCAUUCUUAGUCCUUUUUUUUUUCUUUCGACAAAAUCGUGGGUUGGGAUCAAAACCCAAGAAAUGGAUUCUGUUCUUGUAGUAGUACUACAUGCUCUGUUCUUAACUCUGUUUCUGUUUUCCCACCAAACAAAAGCAGAGAUUUUUAACUCUUUCAUCAAUGAGACAAGUUUUGAGGUCAGUAAAACCUCAGGAACAUGUAAUUUGUUCCGUGGCAAAUGGGUCUACGAUGCUUCGUACCCUCUUUAUGACCCUUCAACAUGUCCUUUCAUAGAUCCACAAUUCAAUUGUCAAAAGCAUGGUCGUAAAGAUAAACUAUACAUGAAAUAUAGGUGGAAGCCAUUUUCUUGCAACUUGCAAAGGUUUAAUGGUUUGAACUUUCUGAAGGGACAUAUAGGGAAGAAGAUCAUGUUUGUUGGUGACUCUUUGAGCUUAAACCAGUUUAAUUCAUUGGCUUGUAUGAUUCAUGCUGCUGUACCAAAUUCUAGGACCACAUUUAGACAAAGAGAUGCUCUUCAAUCAGUCACAUUUGAGGACUAUGGGCUUGAGUUAUUUCUAUACCGCACAGCAUACUUGGUGGACCUUGACCAUAAUAAAGCUGGAAGAGUUUUAAAGCUUGACUCAAUCACAAAUGGUGAAGCUUGGAGAGGAAUGGAUAUGCUGAUCUUCAACACGUGGCAUUGGUGGACCCACACUGGAAGCUCACAACCGUGGGAUUAUAUUCAGGAGAAUAAUAGAUUGUAUAAAGACAUGAAUCGUUUUGUUGCAUUCUACAAAGGAUUAACAACUUGGGCUAGAUGGGUUGAAAAGAAUGUUAAUCCAUCACAAACCAAAGUCUUUUUCCUUGGAAUUUCUCCUGUCCAUUACAUGGGGAGAGAUUGGAAUCAACCAACAAAGUCAUGCAUGAGUGAGAAAGAACCAUAUUUUGGAUCGAAGUACCCUGGAGGGACACCAAUGGCAUGGAUGGUGGUGAACAAGGUGUUGAGAAGGAUGAGUAAGCCAGUAUAUUUCUUAGAUGUUACAACUUUGUCACAGUACAGAAAGGAUGCACAUCCUGAAGGUUAUAGUGGUGUUAUGGCAACAGAUUGUAGUCACUGGUGUCUUCCGGGACUUCCUGAUACUUGGAAUGAACUUCUCUAUGCAGCACUUUCUCAUUGACAAAACAACUUAAUUUUUUAUAAGGUUCAACUUUAAUUUCGAGGAAAUUAAAUCCAUUAAUGUCUUCAACUUUAGGAAAUAUUUUAUGAUUUCAGAGGUUUCUCGCUUCUUGUAAUUGGCCAAUAAAAAGGGUUUGAUGGUUCAAUGUCUAAAA